AUGAUUUCUCUUCAUUGAGUUUUAUGCUGCUGGAACCUCAUUUAUGAUUAUACUUCACUGGAUCUAUGUCACUGAUUGGAUGAAUCACAAUGUCAGUGAAGUUAACUUCAAGACAACCUCAUUUAUACUGUUGUGAAUUUCUAUUUUGCAUAGAUUUAUAGCUGGGUGGUUUUUGAGAUAGUUGAUUUCUUUAAGAUUGAACCCACGUUUAGGACACAGGUUUCCAAGUGACUCCAUUUGUACACCAGAACACUUCAAUGUUCUUUGCCUUCUUGCCUUGCUUCUUUUCGUCGGAGAAGAAGAUGACUGGAUUUCCUGUCUGAGAGAAUUGCACAUAAGCAGAGGAAGCUUCUUCUGCUUUCAGUGUGUAUCAGUGGGGUCAAAAGAAAUGAAUAUUCCUUGAUCUCUUUUUCAGGUACAAAGAAGGUCUCUCUCGUGCACAUGCAUGUGUGUUUCCUGGUCGGGAAACAUUCCACAUUUGUUUUCUUUCUGUGAUUAUAAGAGGACUAGUACCUGAGAAUUCAACAAUGGCACAAUCUCACACAAGUUGCACUACAACAAGAGAAGAAGCUACAUCUAAGUGGUCACAUGUAAUUAAGAACAGUGUACAGACAGCAACAGAACCCAUAAGAAUAUACCAGCUGAACACAGUCCAGGAAGAUCUGAAUAAUGAAGGAAUGGUUAGAAUAUGCACAUUUGGACAAAAGGACUCCCAAAAAAUGAACAGGACAAUCCUGAUCGUAGGAGAAACAGGAACAGGAAAGUCUUCACUCAUCAAUAUGAUGGUCAACUACAUGUUGGGGGUAAAGUGGGAAGACAAGAUCAGGUUUGAAAUCAUCCCGGUUGAAGGUGAAAGUGACCAAACUGAAUCUCAGACCACUGUGAUUACUGCCUAUGAGAUUUUUGGGCUGGAGGAACUGUCUGUUCCUUUUUCCCUCACAGUCAUUGAUACACCAGGAUAUGGAGACACAAGAGGUCUGGAUGAAGAUAAAAACAUUGCUCAGAAUCUAUACACAUUAUUUAAAACUGUAAGUGGUGUUCAACAAAUAGAUGCAGUUUGCCUUGUGGUAAAGGCAUCUGAAAAUCGCCUCAGUCCCAGCCAGAAGUACAUCUUUAAUGCCAUCCUGUCCAUCUUUGGGAAGAACAUGGAGAAAAACCUCCUGACUCUCAUCACCUUCUCAGACUGGACUCCACCUCCAGCUCUUAAUGCAGUUAUUAAGUCUGGCGUACCUUUCCGCAGAGACGAAGAUAAUGAACUUGUUCACUUCCUGUUCAACAACAACCUUUCUCUUCAGAAUUACCAGAAGAAAUAUGAAAAAUCAUUAAAAUUAAACUGGGAUAGCGGAAUUGGGAGCAUGAUGGAGUUCUUUAAUACUUUGAAUCAAAUGGAAACUCAAAGCUUGAGGAUGACUGAAAAUGUCUUGAAAGAACACCGAAGACUGGAAGCUUGUAUCCAGAGCUUGGAUGAGCAGAUCGAGGUGAGGCACAUGAAGCAGAAGGCACUUGAGGACAAACAGAAAACUCUGGAAGAGCACAAAAUGGACAUGAGGAAAAAUAACAACUUUACAUAUAAAUACAAUGUGGUCGUCAUGAAGAAGGUCAAAGUUAAGAGCAAAGCAACUUGCUGCACCGUGUGUAAGGUAAACUGCCACUAUCCAGGAUGCUGGUGGGUAAAGGACCUACGAUGGUGUUCUGUGAUGGAGGACAACCAAUGUACCGCCUGUCCCGGAAAAUGCAGCUACACGGACCACAAAAAAGACUAUGAAAUAUAUGAGGCAGUAAAAGAAGAAAAAACUGGAACUUUUGAGGACCUGAAAAAAGAUACUGAAGGCAAAAUACGCUCAGCGAAGGAAGUGAUGUCCACAAUUCAGCAAGAAGUGAAGGACGGUGAGGCUGAAAUGAGCAAACUGAUCGAGGGGUCUUAUAAGUCCAUUAUCCAGCUUAGACAGCAUGCUCUGAAGUUUAAUUCAGAUUCUACUCUUCAGAGUAUUCGCAGCCUGAUUGAAAUUCUGAAGGAGAACAAAGACAUGGAGAAGGUGGAAGAACUGCAGAAGAUGCUGGAGAUGUGAGGAGAUUAACAGACCCGGGGAAGACGUGUGCUAAGUUGCAUGCGCUUCUGCCUUUCAGAGUUGCAUGGUCAGAAUUAUAUGGUUGAGCAAACAAAGUAAACAAAGGUAUAUUCAGUCAGGAUUAUAACUUUACUUAUGUCUACCUCUAGUGGUGGAACCUAUUGUCUCCAUAGAAACUGCUGAAGAGACACUCCCAGGCUCAGCAGAACAAUAUA